AUGAACGGAACUAAUUAUGAACGGUCGGAUAUGACAAUUGACAAAGGAGGUCAAUACAGUAGGGGCUUUCUGUUCAUCUUGCCAAUCAUCUUCUGCGUGAUUUUUAUUGGAAAUGUUCUUCUUCUAGUUGCGAUCAAAUCAUUCCGCGUCCGACGAGUUCCUGAUCUCCUUGUUGGUUCAUUAGCUGUUGUAGAUCUUUUAAAUGACUUAGGACCUGUCUUAAUAUCGAUCGUUGUGUUUCAAAUCGAUCACCGAGGGUUUCAGAGUGGACGCAUAAGUUACGAGCUGUGCCAGUUUUAUAACUGGAUUUCUUCUUUUCUUCGCUUGUCAGCUUCGUUUGUGGCGUCAUUAAUGGCUCUAGACUGUUUCUGUGCAACCUUACAGCCGAUCUAUUAUCGGACCAAAGUCACAUGUGACAAGGUUACCAAACUAAUAUUUUGCGUUGUGUCGUCAGCGGCAUUUAUAUCUGCGUUUCCCGCGAUGGGCUGGGGAAGAGUUCUAACUCACAGGGGAGUUUGUUCGUUCAACUUCGACGGAGGCUUCGCUCAAUUUAUUGCCAUAUUAGGAUAUAUUCAACUCUUAAUUGUUCUGUCCUGUUUCGUCGCCGUUGCAAGAAAAAUGAACAAAUAUGAAAAACGAUUCGGUGGGCUUCGACGAGGUAGGACGCUGACCUUUCUGAAUGGCAGGCUACAAGCUGUGGAAAUGCAAACAGCAAGUGAAAGGCGAAUGUCAAAUAUUGAAGAAAAUGGCAUUCACGGUAAUAGCAAAAGCGAAAGUACAUACAACACCACAAGAGGAACGAGUGUAUCGGCAGAAGACGACGACAGCGACAAAAUUACACAGGAAAACUACGAACAAAAUACAAGAAGAAGCAGGGAAUCAAUAUCAGAUCAUGGUGUCAGUCGGUUCCGCGUCAACAGGCAUGUGAAAGAGAGCCGUCAGUUCACAAAAGUUCUUGGAUCAGCGGUAUUUCUAUUCUAUGUCAGCUGGAUGCCAAUCAUUUUUACUAUCACCGAAGAGCUAGCCACAGGUCAUCAUCACGAGGUUCUCCAGUCCCUGUCGGCCCAGAUGUCUCUUCUGUGUUCUAUGUUCAAUCCUUGGGUGUACUGUGGUCUGUCUCGUCCGUACAGGGCAUCUUACAUCCGUGCCCUUAAGAGGCUUGGGAGAGUUUGUGGCUUUUCCGCUGCCAGUCAACACGACAUCGUAACAAUUGUUGAUACUAGCAGCCGGUUCAGAACUUCUACACGACGGAUAUUUCCAGAAACAAGAUAAAGAGGUCAGCAUAGCCUAGUAACUGCUCAAGAUCAAGAAAUUCACUUCCAAACGGUGUACAG